CUCAGCCUUCUAAGUGCUGGGAUUACAGGCAUGCACCACCAGGCCCAGUGUGGGACCCUUUCUCUCUUCUGAUAAUGCUUAGCUCGCCCCACCCCUGCAGCGACGGAGGGAUUUGCAGGGACCUGGAAGGGACAGAGGCCACCCGGGGCGUCGGGGGGAGGAGGUCACCCUGGACCCUGACGGAGUGCAGAUGACCCGUGGAGGGAAAGGGGCACCGAGGGGACGCUGCCGGCCCCGCCCCACCCAGCUGUGGCUCUUUGCACCCUGGCUUCGAAGCACCCCGCCACCACCGCCGCCCACAGGUGGCGCCCAUCCUCAUCAGGGCUUCUCCGCGGGGGCGGGGCGGCUGAGGAGAUUGGAUCGGGGAGCUGGGCUGGCACCAUGGAGGCUGAUCCUGCCCAGGACCUGCUGCGGGAGCUGCUGGCGCCGUCCUGUCUGGACUCCGAGCCAUCCCCGGGACCCUCGGCCCAGCGGCAGCUGCGGCCCCUGCGAUGCCCCAGAGCCGGUGGCCGGUCCCUCUGGCCUGUGUGUCAGGACUCGGUCACCAUCCUGCGCCUUCUCCAAGAAACUGAAGAGGGCCAGGCCCGGGCGCCCACACCAGCCACCCAGGCCCUGGGGACCUGCUGGGAGCCAGGGGCCCGCAGGGUGUCAGGCCCCCUGACCAUGGCCAGGAGCUCCAAGAACAAGCAGACCCCAGGAAGCCACAAGCGUCGCAGCAGGGACCCCCCUGGGGCACCUGCAGCACUCCCUCAGAGAAGGCCCCGAAAGCAGCCGAAGCCUCGCCAAGGAGCCAAGCAGGUGGACCCUGGGUUCAAGGGGGUGACUCUGAAGUUCCAGAUUAAGGCGGACUCCAGCCUGCAGAUCUCACCCACCUACAGCCUAGCCAGCAGCAGCCAGACUGAGGGAGCUGCCUCAACCCCCACCAGGGCUGCUGAGCCCAACUCCAGAGGCGGGGAGGCCCUAGGGCCUCGGUGCUGUGCUUCCUGCAGGACCCACAGGACGCCUCUCUGGAGAGAUGCUGAAGACGGGACCCCUCUCUGUAACGCCUGUGGUAUCAGGUACAAGAAAUAUGGUACCCGCUGCUCCAGUUGCUGGCUGGUGCCCCGGAAGACUGUCCAGCCCAAGAAGCUGUGUGGCAGAUGUGGGGUAUCCAUGGGCCCCCUCGAGGGCCCACCUCAGGCAGUGUAAACUGUUCUUCACCCAGCUGAGCCCAUUCUGCCUCCCUCAGUUUCCCCAGGGAAAGAAGGGGCAGAAUCCCAGGAGUGUUGAGAUCCUGCCUGCCUCCUCUCUGCUGCCUCCCAUGCAGGGGUCGAAGCAGGAUGAUGCAGGCCUCAGCCCCGGAGCCCCUGGCCCGGGGGAGCCACUGGCCCCAUUCUGCCCCUUUCCCAAUCAGGCUUGGCUGGGCCCCAAAUAAAGGAAGUUCUCAGGACCCA